AUGGAUUCCGACAUAGAGCUCUCUGAUAACAAGCAUGAUGAGGUAAGCGUUGAUAAUGGGCAAGAUAACAAUGAAACUAUUGAAGAACCUAAGAUUGGAAUGUCAUUUUCAACUGAAGAAGAAGUUCGGUCUUACUACAUGAAGUAUGCUAAGCAUAAGGGAUUUGGGGUGCGUAGAAGAAAUUCCAGACAGGGAGAUGAUGGGAAGGUUAGAUGGUUUACCUUGGUAUGUGCGCGACAAGGCACACCAAAGAGUCAGGCUACCAGUUUUCUCAGGCCAAGACAAACAGAGAGGAUAGGGUGUAAGGCUAGGAUUAAUGCGAUUUUAAAUGAUGAAGAUGGAUAUACCUUGUCUAGUGUAAUAUUGGAACACACACAUGUUUGUAGUCCGGAAAAGGCAAGACAUUUCAGAUGUUUUAAGAAGGUAGAUGCUCGUGUGGCUAAGGGCCUUGAAAUAAAUAAUGCGGCAGGAAUACGUAUGGGAAAGAACUUCAAAUCUCCAGUUGUUGAAGCUGGGGGGUACGAGAAUGUGCCAUUUGGAGAAAAGGAGUGUCGAAACUAUAUUGACAAUGCACAACUUCGUCUUGGGGUUGGAGGUGCUGAAGCUCUUCGUAAUUACUUCAGAGAAAUGCAUAAAAAAAAUUCAGAAUUUUACUAUGAGAUGGACGUGGAUGAUGAUAUGAGGUUAAGGAAUGUGUUUUGGGCUGAUGCCCGAAGUAGAGCUGUGUAUCAAUCAUUCGGGGAUGUAAUUACGUUUGACACAACAUACUUGACAAAUGCAUAUGAGAUGCCUUUUGUAUCGUUUGUAGGUGUAAAUCAUCAUGGUCAGUCAAUCCUAUUAGGGUGUGGAUUAAUAUCUAGUGAGGACACACAAACUUUUGAGUGGUUUUUUGAGUCAUGGUUGAAGUGUAUGAACGACCAAGCACCAAAUGCAAUUAUUACAGAUCAAAACAAGGCAAUGCAAUCUGCAAUUGCGAGGGUGUUUCCAAAUUCUAGACAUCGCUUCUGCUUGUCGCACAUUAUGAAAAAAUUUCCUGAGAAAUUAGGAUCACAUUCUCAAUAUGAGGAGAUCAAGAGCACUCUACAAAAAUGCGUAUAUGACUCUUCAAGUGAGCAAGAGUUCGAAGAACGUUGGUUCAAUUUGCUUGAUACCUAUCAUCUUCAUGAAAAUGCAUGGCUGGGAUCGUUACAUAGUGAUAGGCGUUUUUGGGUGCCGAUGUACCUUAAAGAGACAUUUUGGGCUGGAAUGUCAAUUUCACAACGGAGUGAAAGCAUAAAUGCAUUCUUCGAUAACUACGUUAACUCAAAGACCACAUUGAAACAAUUUUUAGAUCAGUACAAUUCAGCCCUUAGAAGGAAGGUAGAGAAUGAAGCUGUUGCCGACUUUAAUUCAUUUAACACUGAGAUUCCGUGCAUCAGUCACUAUCCUCAUGAGAAGCAAUUUCAAAAAGCAUACACAAUUGCAAAAUUCAAAGAAAUAUAUAAACAUGCAAACUUCAUUGUCGCGCUAGAUGAAGAUCCACUUGAAGUUAAAUGCAGUUGCAAGUUGUUUGAGUUUAGGGGCAUAUUAUGCAGACACGCUCUUCGUGUCCUGGCUUUGUUAGGUAAGAGUAAACUACCAUCAAAAUACAUCUUGGAUCGGUGGAGGAAAGAUAUAAAGAGGAAAUACACCUUUAUCAAAAGUAGUUAUGAGGCAAACUGCAACUCUGAGAGACAAAGGUAUGAUAGGAUCCUAAAUUGCUUUUAUGAACUGGCCUCGAAUGCAUCAAAGACCGAGAAAAGUUGUGUGAAAUUGAUCGGUCAACUAGAGCAGUUGAAAAUAGAGUACCUUGAAGACAAUUCAAGGUGUGGUAGCAAUACAGAUAAGCCAGCUACAUCCAUGGAUGGCAUGACAACAAGUACAAGUAAAGCUUUUAGUCCCUUGGUAGUUCAAAGUAAAAGAAGGCCACCAUCUAAUAAGAGAAAAAUGCAUCCCGCUGAGAAGGAUCAUAGGAAAUCAACUACAAAGAGAUUGCGUUGCUGUGAAACUGAGAGUAGUCAAUUAUCAAGAGAAGAUAGAGCAAAUGAAUACCAUGAGAGUGGCCCACAACAUGAGGCUCCUCAAACCCAAGAUCAACAAAGUCAAGUUUGGACUCAUGUGCCAAAUUAUUUUUGUACUUCUUCGACUGCUCCUCCAUUACAGGAUCAACAAAGUCAAGUUUGGACUCAUGCUCCAGAUUAUUUUUGUACUCCUUUGGCUAUUGCUCCAUUGCAGAUGCAACCUUCUCGAUUGCAUCUCUCAGACCCGGAUGGAGGCAGUCAUGAUAAUCAGCUUAGAGACCUUAAUGAUGGUAAAUUUUUCCCCCUAAAUACACAAUCUGCCAUUUUCUUGUUUCAGGAGGUCAUUGAUACAUCUGGAGGAGGUGGUGCCCAGAAAUUCGUGAUGCCCUGGAAGAAGAAAUUAAAGAAAUUCAUGCUUUAUCAAUUAAGAAAGCUUUGACCCCGGAGCAGUGGAACCAAAAGCGUCAUUCUGAAAAAUCUCAUCCUACUUCUUAGAACAUGGGUUGAGGACUUUGUACGAUAAGUGAACAUGGGUUGAAAAUAAUUGUGACAAAAGUGUGUGCUAUUGCUGAUAAGCAUGGAAUGACUUUGGAAUAUGUCUUGAGUUUGUUGAGACUUGGGUCCAAGUUUAUUUAUGUUUGUUGCUCGGGUCCAGAAUUUAGCGUCAUUCUGAAGAUAAGACAUGGAUCUUGGCAUGAAAAAGUGUGUAUUUUCUGAAA